AUGGCUGACAAUUCAGUGAAGGGUAAGAAUAAAAGGAGGGUCUUCUACUCCCCUCCCUCCUCCUUCUCUUCUUCUGACAGUUCAGACGACCGCAAAGUUGACUCCAACAACUCAGACCCAAGGUUUGGGUUGGGCAGACCACAAAGAAGAAAAUCUAGGUAUGAAUAUGAUCCUAGUUAUCCUGAGCCUAGACCCAGGCGAACAUUGAGGCCGACUUUCGGUAAUGGUAUAAAUAUUAGGGAAGAUGGGGUUCCACCCACUGAGGUUGGUUGCAGUGCUGGUACAGAAGUCACCACCCAAAGAGAGCAAAGACCCAGAGGGAGGGUCAAUGUGAGAAGAGGAGGAGGAAGAAGAGGGCCAAGUGGAUCCCUCCCUGAGAGAACAAGGAGGAGGAGACAAAGAACUCAUUACUCUACAAGGAGCUCCUCCAAGGUCGACUCUGAAUCUCCUUCCCAGAAGAGGACCAUCCUGUCAUGGUUAAUCGACAGCAGAGUGGUUGAAAACAAUGCUAAAAUUGUAUACAAGAAUGAAGCAGGGGAACAGAUUCUUCAGGGUGUGCUCACUGGAGACGGCAUCUGGUGUUCCUGUUGCAACACUGUCAUCACUGUCUCAGAGUUCCAGCUUCAUGCUGGAGAUGAACCCAAUAGACCAUACCAACGGAUUUUUAUCUCCGAGACCGGGCUUUCACUCUUGACAUGCCAGGCUGAAGCCUGGAAUCAACAGGGCAUACCAGAACUGCAGGGGUACCAUUUGAUUGAGCCUAGGGAAGAUGUCUCGGACAAGUACGAUGAUGCUUGUGUAGUUUGUGCAGACGGGGGAAAUCUUAUUUGCUGCGACAAAUGCCCAUCUACAUACCACAUUUCUUGUCUACAAAUGGAGGAUGAGCCCCAAGGUGAAUGGCGUUGUCCUGCCUGCGCCUGCAAGUUCUGCCACACCCACGCCUUUGAUAUCUCUGUAUUCACAUGCAGUCAAUGUGACAAAAAAUAUCACUGGGAAUGUUUCCGCGAAAAUGAAGGAAUGCUGAUUGACCUAAACAUGGAUGGACCAAGCACUUCAACUCCAUUUUGUAGCAGCAUAUGUAGUCAGAUCUACGAGAAAUUGGAGAGGCUGGUUGGAGUAAGGAACGAGCUAGAUGAAGGGCUUACAUGGACACUUCUCCGACGCAUGGAUCCAGAAGCCGGAGUAUACUUGGAGGAAUCAUAUGACAGAACCCUAUGCAACUCCAAGAUUGCAGUAGCUGUGGCUGUGAUGGAAGAGUGCUUCGAACCGGUCAUUGAUAGACACACACAAAUCAAUGUGGUUCGAAGUGUGAUUUACAACUGCGGAGCAAAUUUCCCACGAAUAAGUUUCGAGGGAUUUUACACAGCUAUUCUUGAGAAGGGCGACGAAACGAUAUCGGUGGCAUCCAUGAGGAUUCAUGGGAAUAAGCUUGCCGAGAUGCCUUUUAUUGCAACCCGCCCAAGCUACAGGCGCCUAGGAAUGUGCCAUAAACUGCUGGUGGCAAUUGAGUCUGUGCAGUAUUUGGUGAUUCCUUCAAUAGAGCAGAGAGUGAGGAGGUGGGAAGAAAGCUAUGGUUUUCAGGCCAUAGAAAACAAAGUAAUGGGGGAAUUAAUCAAGGUUAAAUCUCUCAUGUUUCAUUGUGCCAUCAGACUGCAGAAACCACUGUUAGUACAUGAGACAGCAGCAAAUGAAGUUGGCAAUGGAGAUGCAGGCAAUGCUGAUAAGGCACAUGAGUCGGGUUCCGACGAUGGAUCUACUGACAUGGGCUCAUUUGACUUAAACCUGAGUCUUUGA